AUUUCAUCGAGGUUUUCUGAUGAUUAACAGCUUUGAAGAUGAGGAUCACACACAGGUGUCUGGGAAACUUCACCAAGAUGCUGGAUUUCUACUCGCAGUUCAACCCUUCGCCAUUGUCGAUAAAACAAUUCAUCGAUUUCGUUGAAAACCUGUCGCUGGAACAUGAAAAAUUCAUUAGAAUUCUGAAAACAUCUGCGUCAGCGACGCUCGAAAAUAACUGAUUAAUCGAGCUGUCUUCAUACGUAAGCCGACGUAAACAUCUGGAUUUUAGAUAAACAAAAAAUCAAGAGGGCAAAGUCCAAGAGGCCCGUCUCCACCGACACACCCGCCGAUAAAAGUCUCCGAUUGGCCCUCAGCCUAGACUAUACCGUACCCUGACUUCUUUAAAUGAACUGCAUUAUUAUGCCGCCCAUUCCUCUUUUGAUAAACAAAAACAAAGCUGAAUAAAAAAUUAAAAGGCGAGAGGAGUACUCAAUGAACUCGUUAAACCCUCUGACCUUCUUCUACCAAGGACAUCCGGUCUGACUCAUAAUAAACAGAGUUCACAAAACGUAACUUUAACGCAUCAAAUGAAUAUGUAAACAUAACUCAUGCACGGGAAUAAACCAUCGAGACUGAUCUCGUGACCAGUCGUAUCACCUCAAUCAGCUGCUCAAUAGGAAAAAAUCCAUCAAUACUUGGCACUUGAUCACUCCAGUCUCACCUUGAGUAACGUUAUCGGCUAGUUUUUAUACUCACGAUGUGUGACGUGGCAGAGUGAAUGUUGACAUUCUUAUCGUGAUUCCCCUUACUGAUUUGGGUCCAGAAAGAUAAAAAAUGCGAAUGUACACGACGAUAAACUGUCCUCCAUACAAUACUCGACUUUUUUAAUUAAUAAAAUAAUGAAAAAUCCAUGUGAAACGAAAAAAGAAGAAACAGGAUGAGCGCCUGCGAGAGGAAGUCCUUCAUCUUCUUGAGGAAGGAACUGCCGGUGAGACUGGCGAAUAUCAUGAAGGAAAUUCAUCUUCUACCGGAGCAUCUACUGAGAAUGCCCAGUGUUGGAGUAGUUAACAAUUUGUAUGUCACAUCUUUCGAGGAGAUUAUUCACUUUGAGAAGUCUGAUAUCAACGAGAACACAUUGGACAAAUUCUGUCAAGCUCUCGUUAAAAUCCGCAAUCGUCACACUGACGUAGUUGAAGUUAUGGCCAAGGGUAUUCUUGAGCUGAAAGAGUCUCACGACGUCGAUGGACAAAUGGAAAACAGUAUUCAAUAUUUUCUCGAUAGAUUUUUCAUGUCCAGAGUGUCGAUCAGAAUGCUGAUAAAUCAGCACACAAUACUGUUCGGCGGGGCACUCAAUGGCAAUGAGAGACACGUGGGCUGCAUCGAUCCUUGGUGUGACGUUAUUGGAGUAGUUAAAGAUGCCUAUGAGAAUGCGCGAUUUCUCUGUGAUCAAUAUUAUUUGGCCAGUCCAGAGUUGAUUGUUAAACAGCAUAAUGAACUUGACCAUGGCAGCGAGAUCAGGAUAGUUUACGUGCCCAGUCACCUCUACCAUAUGCUGUUCGAGCUCUUCAAGAACAGCAUGCGAGCAGUGAUGGAACACCAUGGAUCAGACGCGGAUUACCCGCCCGUGGAAGUGACCGUGGUCAGGGGAACAGAGGACAUUUGUCUGAAGAUGUCAGACCGAGGAGGAGGCAUUCCACGGUCUCAGAUGGACCACUUGUUCAAAUACAUGUACAGCACAGCUCCUCAACCCAGCAAAUCUGAUGCACACACUGUGCCACUUGCAGGCUAUGGUUAUGGGCUUCCAUUAUCGAGAUUAUAUGCGAGGUAUUUCCAUGGAGAUCUCGUCGUUCUCAGUUGUGAAGGCUAUGGCACUGAUGCUGUGAUUUAUCUGAAGGCACUUUCCAAUGAAGCAAACGAGCUACUGCCAAUAUUCAACAAGACAUCAACAAAAUUUUAUCGAACCCCUCUACCCACCGCUGAUUGGAGCAGCUCCUGUGGAACUGGUAUGGCAACCAGACAGCUGAGUAUGAGUUCUAACAACGUGAAAACCCUGGCAAGGCCCUGCUAGCAGAGCCCAGACGAUCCGGACCAACAUUAAUUCACCCCAUCUACGUAAUCAUUUACUCAUUUAUCUUAUUUUUCGUUUCACUGUCAGCUUCAAGCAGAAGUUGGUGUAAUCAUGCCAAUGCAAUCGUGAUUUACUGACGAUUCGUAUCACUGCUCUUACGAGAUUUUUUUCUUGUACGUAUUUUUAAAUCAGUUUUUUAUGCUGUCAUUCUAAUUAUUACGCGAUAAUGGAGCAUUUUUCCCUACAUUGAUGCGUAGUUUAUGUUGAAAUAUUCUGAAUUAUUUUUGCAAAAUCUCCAACUCGAGAGGAUCCAAAAAAAUCAAAAACUGUGAUUAUUUAUCCAUAUUACUCAGUCCACGCGCUGAAUUAUUGUUAAUUGUACGGCACAUUAUGAGAAAUCGUAUGUAGUUGAGAGACAAAGGACGAGACACGUGAGUCAGUGAUUCACUGCACCAUGUAUCCUCAGUGACUAAAAUGUCAACGUCUUUGUACUUUAUCUAUCAAGAUAAAGAGAAGAGAACAUAGACCACGGUGGUUUUUAGCUUUAAUGUUAAAAUUGAAAAUGGCAUAAUGUCGAAAUUAAUAUCAGAAUUGAGAAUAGAAAAAUUGUACUGAAGUUAGGAAGAGAUUGCGAUUGUGAGAUGACGAGUGUACGGUGAUAUUUGUUAUUAAAAAGUGUUGAUAGCACGAGUGAUGCAACGUUAUCAAUCAAUAUGAAUAAAAAUAUCAAUUUGGAAA